AUGCUGCGAAGCGGACAGUGCGGGCAGCUUGGCGGGUACGGCCGGGCCAGGGGGCCGAGUAACCUGCUGGCCUGGCUGAUGCUGGCAUCCGCUGGCGCCGCAUCCUGCCCAGAAGCCUGCUGCCCCAAUGGCCCCUCGGGGCUGCGCUGCACCAGGGCUGGAGCCUUCAGUAGUCUCCGCUACCUGCCGGGCGCUGAGAACCUGACGGAGCUCUACAUCGAGAAUCAGCAGCAUCUGCAACGUCUGGAGCUCAAUGACCUGAGGGGCCUGAGGGAGCUGAGAAAUCUCACCAUUGUGAAGAGUGGUCUCCAUUUCGUGUCACCAGAUGCCUUCCAUUUCACUCCUCGGCUCAUUCACCUGAAUCUCUCCUUUAAUGUUCUGGAGUCUCUCUCCUGGAAAACUGUCCAGAGUCUCUCAUUACAGGAACUGGACCUGUCGGGGAACCCUCUGAACUGUUCCUGUGCCCUCCGAUGGCUGCAGCGCUGGGAGAAGGAGGGACUGGGCGGAGUUGCUGAGCAGAAGCUACAGUGUUCCGGGCAGACGCCCCUUGCCCUCAUGCCCAACACCAGCUGCAACCUGCCCAUGCUGAAGGUCCUGACUUCCAAUGAUUCUGUGGCUGUGGGAGACAGCGUGUUACUACAAUGCCAGGUGGAGGGUCAGGAGCUGGAGCAAGCUGACUGGAUCCUCCCGGAGCUGGAGGAGUCAGCCGUAGUGAUGAAAUCUGAGGAUCUGUCAUCUCUGUGGCUGACCCUGGUCAAUGUCACCACUGACCUCAACAGGAAGAAUGUGACGUGCUGGGCGGAGAAUGAUGUGGGCCGGAAGGAAUUCUCUGUCCAGGUCAACGUCUCCUUCCCUGCCAGUGUGCAGUUGCACUCAGCGGUGGAGCUGCACCACUGGUGUAUCCCCUUUUCGGUGGAUGGGCAGCCGGCGCCCUCUCUGCGUUGGCUCUUCAAUGGCUCCGUGCUCAAUGAGACCAGCUUCAUCUUCACUGAGUUCCUGGAGACAGCGGCCAAUGAGACGAUGCAACAUGGCUGCCUGCGCCUCAACCAGCCCACCCAUGUCAACAACGGCAACUACACAUUGCUGGCCACCAAUCCCUCUGGUCGGGCAGCUGCCUCCAUCAUGGCUGCUUUCAUGGACAACCCAUUUGAGUUCAACCCCGAGGAUCCCAUCCCUGUCUCCUUCUCACCAGCGGAUACAAACAGCACAUCAAAAGACCCAGUGGAGAAGAAGGAUGACGCACCUUUUGGGGUCUCCGUGGCAGUGGGCCUAGCUGUCUUUGCCUGCCUCUUCCUUUCUACACUGCUCCUUGUUCUCAACAAAUGCGGACGGAGAAACAAGUUUGGGAUCAACCGUCCUGCUAUACUGGCUCCAGAGGAUGGGCUGGCCAUGUCCCUGCAUUUCAUGACGCUGGGUGGCAGCUCCCUGUCUCCCACUGAGGGCAAAGGCUCUGGGCUUCAAGGUCACAUCAUCGAGAACCCACAAUACUUCAGUGAUGCCUGUGUCCAUCACAUCAAACGCCGGGACAUUGUACUCAAGUGGGAGCUGGGCGAGGGUGCCUUUGGGAAGGUCUUUCUUGCAGAGUGCCACAACUUGCUACCUGAGCAGGACAAGAUGCUGGUGGCUGUCAAGGCACUGAAGGAGGUAUCAGAGAGUGCCCGGCAGGACUUCCAGCGCGAGGCCGAACUGCUCACCAUGCUGCAACACCAGCACAUCGUGCGCUUCUUCGGAGUCUGCACUGAGGGCCGUCCGCUGCUCAUGGUCUUUGAAUACAUGCGGCAUGGGGACCUCAACCGCUUCCUCCGGUCCCACGGACCUGAUGCCAAGCUACUGGCUGGUAGGGAGGAUGUGGCGCCAGGCCCCUUGGGUCUGGCGCAGUUGCUGGCCGUGGCUAGCCAGGUCGCUGCGGGGAUGGUGUAUCUGGCAAGCCUGCACUUCGUGCAUCGGGACCUGGCUACACGCAACUGUCUGGUGGGUCAGGGGCUAGUUGUCAAGAUUGGCGAUUUCGGCAUGAGCAGGGAUAUCUACAGCACCGACUAUUACCGUGUGGGAGGCCGAACCAUGCUGCCUAUUCGUUGGAUGCCACCCGAGAGCAUCCUCUACCGCAAGUUCACCACCGAGAGCGACGUGUGGAGCUUCGGCGUGGUGCUCUGGGAGAUCUUCACCUAUGGCAAGCAGCCCUGGUACCAGCUCUCCAACACCGAGGCGAUUGAAUGCAUCACGCAGGGCCAUGAGCUGGAGCGGCCACGUGCCUGCCCACCGGAGGUCUACGCUAUUAUGCGGGGCUGCUGGCAGCGGGAGCCCCAGCAACGUCACAGCAUCAAGGAUGUGCAUGCCCGGCUGCAAGCCCUGGCCCAGGCACCUCCUGUCUACCUGGAUGUCCUGGGCUAGGGGUCUGUCCAGAAUCUGGGGGUGGGGAGCUAGAAUGAUGGGACCUGCCCUCAGCAACUCCCAUAGCUCCCAGCAUCCCCAGUAUGAUUGCAAAGCAUCUAACACACCCUCAGCAUGCUGGAGGGGUCUGGUGGGGCCUGGGAAUGGAGGAUGUUCCUGCUUCUCUAAGGCAGGUUUCCAUCAUAGCAAUUAUAUUUAUUAUCCCUUG